AUGGUGUUUGGCGCUGGUCCAGAUGGCAUUGUCCAUCAUGAGGAGGCGUGGCGCGAUAGGUCGGCCUUCUUGAACGGGUUUAAAGGGUUUGGGAAAGGCGUCCUACUGGCAGUUCUAUCAAUUGGAGACAACACAUUCACUGGAUUUCUCGCGGGGGAGUCCAAAAGUCCCCGGUAUUCCGUCGCUCAUGCCGUGGUCCUGAUUCCAAUUCGAGUCACAGUCUUCUAUCUUCUUUCUGUUGCCCUCGUCGGAAUCCUAGUAUCUCCCAACAAUCAAAACUUAUUCGGCAGCAGCGGUGUCGCUGCAUCCCCGUUCGUCAUCGCCAUUGACCAAGCCGGCAUCAGUGUCCUCCCAGAUAUUCUCAAUGCGGUGAUUAUUACAGCUGUCGCAGCGAUCGCCGCAGAAAGCUUCUUUGUCGCCUCGCGCAUACUGCAGUCCAUGGGUCAGCAGGGUCUCAUCCAUCCAUACAUCGCAAACGUAGAUUCGCGCGGUCGCCCUCGGGUCUCGUUGGGUAUCACGGGUAUCCUCGCUAUAGUCCUCACAUACAUCAACCUCAGCGCUGAGGGAACAACUGUUUUCAAUUGGUUGGCUCAAAUUGCUAGUACGGGAUAUUUCAUGGUCUGGUUUGUGAUUGCCAUCGCUUCAUUUCGGUUUAGGGCAGCUCUCAAGGCGCAGAAUGAUCCUCUCUUCAAUGAGAUUUAUGCUUGGAGGACCAGCCUUUGGCCAUUUCCGCCUAUUUGGCUUCUUACUUGCUGCCUCUUCUACAUUGCAUGUUCUUUCUAUCUUGCAUUGUAUCCGAUUGGCUCCGACACGCCAACGGCCUACUACUUCUUUCAGUACAUGUUUGGCCUAGUUCUAAUAUUUAGCACUUCCAUUGGAUACAAACUGAUAUUCCGGACAAAGAUCCGUGAUUUGCGCUCCGUGGACCUGCAGACUGGACGCAGGCCGUUGUCGACUCGCGAAACUCAAGAGUUGGAUUGA